CGCAGGGUUGCGGGCGAGGGGCGGAGCAGAGAGCCUCUGUGGCUGCCACGGCCUCCUCCCCUUGCCCGCAGCCUCUUUAAAUACUAUGGGGCGACUGUAGCUGCGGUGGGUGCCGCCGUGGAGCGCAGCAUGCGGGCUGUCAUCGCCUUGACCACGGCGCUGGGGAGCCUGCUGCUCGGCGGCUGCCUCCUGCGCCUGGGCGGCCAGCAGCCCCUCCGCGGCAGGGGCUGGGAGCAGGACGCAGCAGUAGCCGCCGUCACGCCGAGAGCGGCGCGAUCUCUCCGGUCUCCCGCAACGCCGCUGUCUCACAGGCAGAACAGAACAACGGCUAGUAAAAGUGGAAUUUACCAGUUUGAACAGGAAUCAAAAUGCAAGGCAAUUCAGGACAACCUUUUGUCAUCAUCCAUCAAGAAGAAAAGAUAUCCAGAAGAUUUCUAUCUUCACAUAGUCACAAAGCUGCAGAACUGCAGCUGGAUGAGGAGCCCAGAGGACUCUACGAAGUUCAGGUCAGAAUUAGCAUCUUGCUGUGAUGCAGUUCACAAUUUUAUUGCUUCUCAAAACAACACUCCCCUGGGAAGCAACAUGAGUUAUGAAGUGGACAGUAAAAAGACCAUUCUCAUUACCGAGGACAUUUUUAAGAUGCUGCCCGUGACCUCUGCUCUCUCAGUAUAUCCCUUCAAGACCUGUGCUGUGGUUGGAAACGGAGGCAUCCUGAAAAAUUCCAGCUGCGGAGCAGAAAUCGAUCGCUCUGACUUCGUGUUUAGGUGCAACCUCCCUCCAACCACAGGGAGCAUCAGCAAGGAUGUUGGCAAUAAAACAAACCUGGUGACUGUUAAUCCAAGUAUCAUAGCUCAGAAAUACAAUAAAUUAAAUGAGAAGAAGACAGAAUUUCUGGAGAAUAUUGCAGUCUAUGGAGAUGCUUUCCUCUUGCUGCCAGCGUUUUCCUUCAGAAGCAACACAGCCACUUCUUUCAAAGUGUAUCACACUCUGCAAGAGUUCAAAGCAGCCCAAAGGGCACUUUUUUUUCACCCUGCCUACCUGAAGAGUCUUGCCCAGUUCUGGAGAACUAAGGGUGUGAAGGCAUACCGGCUGUCGUCUGGGUUCAUGAUCACUAGUGCUGCUCUGGAGCUGUGCGAGGCGGUGCAGCUCUAUGGCUUCUGGCCUUUCUCCAGGUCCACGGAGAAGAUGCCGAUCAGCCACCACUAUUACGACAACCAGCUGCCUAAACCAGGCUUCCAUGCAAUGCCCAAAGAGUACAACCAGAUUCUUCAGCUUCAUGGCAAAGGCAUUUUGAAGCUGCAGAUUGGUAAAUGUGAAUCAGAGUAAGCAGCUCCCUCAGGCCUCGAUGAGAGCAGAAGGAAAGCUCAGUACCAGGGCCAGACACUGGGACCUUUGAGCAAUGCUGCAGCAGCUCUGCUGACCUGAAGACUGACUGACCUGAAGACCUGCUCCUCUCUGUUCUCAAGGCUCUUGGUGACUUGUGUGGAGCACAGGAAUGACAAGAAGUGCCUGGAGGAAUUGUUAACCUUUGCUAUGGGUACUCUGAGCUUCUGAAAGAACAAAAAUAGGCUCUAUUAGCCUUUAGAUGAAGAACCUGUUUUUACUGUAGCCUUGCUCCAGACACAGAGUGAUUCUGAGGGGAAGUUGCAUCCACUUCACUGCACAAGAGUGCAGAGCUUUAUCACAUCUACCGCUGCUGUGUGCUUGGUGACUGAGUCAUGCUCAUCUGUGCCCAGGCUGGGCAAGCUGCUGGCAGUGUUUCUGUCUGACAGGGCACAGAUCAAGUGACCAAGGCUUGCUGAAGUACACUCAGGAAAAGGGGAGAGGAUGUUUGCUUGGCUUUCUGAAGAAAUGAUUUCUCAUUUAUUUUACACCUGUGCCAGGUUAACGAUGAAUAAAUGGUGUUUGUACCUGGCUGGGGGUGGUUUAUGACACUUGGCAAGUGUCAGCAAGACUGAGCCAAGUGUGGUUUUGAUUGAGGAUUCUUGAACAAAGGUUAGGAAGGGCCUUUGCAUUCCCUCUACUUCAUGUGAAGGAACGUCAUUUGUAAGGGCCUGUGGGCCUCCAGUGCUGUCAGAGGCUGUGGAAUGGGUUUUGAGAUGAAAUGGUUUGCUAAAGAUAGAAGCACUGACAACAUGCUGAUAGCUCCCCUGCCCCUGUGCAGAGCCUGGCAGCAUCCUCGCACUGACUGCCUCUCAGCAGCAGUAGAUGGAAGCCUGCCUGGCUGCUUUUAGCCCUUUUUCUCCCCCACUUCUCUGCCUGCUGUGGAGCACUGUGUAGUCCUGUUGGGUCUGGUAGGGAGGUUGUAAGCUGUGAACCAGACUGUGUGAUGCUUGCAGUAUAGUCAAACAUACUGCAGAUGGCUUUGUCUCAAGGCAGGCACUAUGGUGGGAUUGCCCAGCUGGAGGUGCUAAGAUUAGGCUGUUGUCCUGCAGAGACUCCAGCUGCAGCGGGUGGCUGCACAGUCCAGUCCUUGUUCCUGCACUGCACCCCUUCCUUUGUGCCAUCGCUGCCUCAGAUCCAGCACUGAGCUGCUUGGGCACACGGAACUGGCAAGAACCUGGCAUGGCAGCAGAGAGAGAAAGCUGAUUCAGGCCAGCAAAGCUGGUGGAAUUUCAUAGCCAGAGCACAGGAGGAGGUGAGCCCAUGCAGGUGGGACCACAGGGAUACAGCAGGGGCUGUUCAUUCUCUGAUGGCUAUUGGACAGGCCCAGCAGUCCUCUGGAACCUGAAUCAAGACAGGAACAUCACAUCUUUGUAGGCCUCCCUGGUUGGAGGGGAGAGAUGGGCUCCUGAAAGGAGGGCCAGCAGAAUGGGUGCUUCUCUGGUGGGCAGGAGUCCACCCCUCCCCUGACAGAAGGCAUUAAGGACUCUAGAUACCUUAGAACUUUAAGUACCUCCACUGCUUGAUCAUUGCUUCCCUUCUCUCUGUCUUAUCACAGUCACUUUAACAAGCUGCUCACCAGCACUGGGUUCAGAAAAGACAAAUCUGAAACAGCCUUUCACUGUGAAUACUUCUCAGUUUGCUGCCAGGAAGCCUGCACACACUUGCUGCUUGUUCAGCACACCUCUGCUAUCCCAGCAUCUCCAAAAGCAUCUGCAGGGAGCAGAGCUGCACAGGGGCUGGUAGUUCUCAGCCCAGUUAAUCUCUCUUUUCUUCUCUUGCCCUUGUAAGGCAGUGAGAUGUGGUGGAAUCGUAGAAUGGCCACAGAAAGAUCACCUAUGUCUAGCAUAGUGCCCUGCUUGAAAGGUGAAAGCCUCUGCCCUGUGUGAUGCAGUGAAAGAAAGUCACUGCUCAUGGUGACAGCACUGCUGUGGGCUGCCCAUGGUACCAGCAAAGCCUUCCUGUUGCCCUGUACUGUUUGAUCUGAUCUCUGGCAGCUGUCUGGCUUGGUCACUGCUCUGGGUGAACUGGGCACCCAGACCUCCAGCCUGUGCAAACUCAGUGGUGGAGCUACAGCUUCAUGUGUUAGCUUAGGAGUAAAGCACAUUUGACCUGGAGAUCCUUCUCUGUCCUGUCACUUGCUCUCAUGUGACUGAUCUGCAAAGUGAGGUCCUGCAGUGGCUCCUUCAAGGACUCUGAUCCACAAAGAAUACUUCCACUCGUGUAGGGGAGCCUGUGCCCAGGGCCCAGGGCCGCUGUGUGGAGUGCUGUACUUGGAGGCAGCUUUACUUCAAGCAGCUCAUAGCCACUUGUCUCAUGCUCUGAAGCAGCAGGCUUCUUGCUUAAAUAUACCUCAGUGUGAAAUGUUCACAGCCAGGGCAUCCUUCCUGCUGCGGUGCCUCAGGAGCUGAUCUCUUCCAUCUCUAGGUCUAGUAGCCAAGAAGGAUGACAAAGGGAUGUGUGUGUACCAUAGCAAGCCUGGCUCUGCUAGGCUGGGAUUCAGUCAGCACCCUUCUCUGAACUUCUGGGCACACAGGGUUCAAAGGCUGCUGGUCUGCCAGGGGAAAUCAUGUGGGCUUCUCAGCUGCACUGCACAACAAGUGGGCAGAUUGAUAUUUAUUGAGCUGUGCUCCAGAUUUUCAUAAAGUAUUUCUUAAUUGGCUCUCAAUUAUCAUAAUGGUCAAGUAGAGCAUGAAACAAUCCGAGAGAUGACACUAAACAAAAGAACUGCUUCUGUUCUUCAGUGGUCUCCCUCCACAGAGCUGCAUCUCAGAACCCCUUCCUGGCUGAGCAGGUCAGCUCAGGUCACUGGGCACCCGCUGUGCACCAGCCAGGGCAGCAGCCUGCCAGCACCUCCCAGUCUCCACCAAACUCAAGCAGUAUUUCAGUGGUGCACAGUACAGGACAAGGAACAAUGGGUACGAGCUGGAACCCAGGAGGCUCCACCUCAACAUGAGGAGAAACCUCUUUGGUGUGAGUAUGCUGGAGGCCUAAAGCAGGCUGCCCAGAGAGGUUGUGGAGUCUGCAGACUUUCCAAACCCACCUGGAUGUGUUCCUGGGUGAAGCUGCUCUGGCAGGGGGGGUUGGACUGGAUGAUCUCUGGAGGUCCCUUUCAACCCCUUAACGUUCUGUGAUUCUGUGGUGAGAGCUGAGGACAGUGGGAGGGCAUCAGCCAGAGACCAAGGAGAAAAUGUAGUACUGUAAGGUGUGAAACCUGGCCUGGAUCACAUCCCUCUGUGUCAAAGCUAAAGCUGCUCUGCAGUGGCAGGUGUUGGCAGACAGUGGUUUAAGUCUGGCUGUCCAGUACCAGAAGGAGUGGCAUCCUGAUGUGUCUAGCAGGUCAACAGUCAGCAAGUCAGGACUGUCUUCUGCUAAAGCCUGAGGCAGCUUCAGCAGUACAUCAGUGUUUCUUGCUGCACCCAGCCCUGCUGUGUCUUGCCUUUUUUAACAUUCCUCUUUUCUCCAGUGAGGGAGAAACCUCAGCAUGGUGGAAGUGUGUAACGAUCCUACCUUGAAUUCAUGGAAUCGCAGCAGGAGGCCACCAGAAUGAACAGUGCUGGUGGCAGUGCCAGGCUGGUCUAACCUCUAAGAGAAUGGCUGGGGUUAGAUUGCCAGUUAUUCAGUGCAGCCCCUGCCAGAAGCAGAUUCCUUGCAGCCACCUGCUAUGCUGCUUAGCUCAUGGCUCAGCUGGGAGGUGAUUCCCUGGAAACACCUCCUCCUUGUUGUGUUUGUUGCCAGUGCUUAUGGUACAAACCCACACUUAAAUGCUGGUGGAACUGAGGUGCAGCCACUGGUGUCUCUCCUGUUUGGUAGCACAGUUUGUGUUGUAGCUCCGUGUGCAUUCCCUGUGUUAAUCUGCUCGAUGUUCUUUGCUUUGCAUAUCCAAUUAAAAUAAUUUUUAAAACUCAUUAUGUUUUAUGAUACAAGAGGAAACUGCAGGGGAAGCUGCAUGGUGCCUGCCUGGACACCAGUGGUACAAUCCCAAAUGUCCUUUAAGGAUGUCUGACAGACUCCCAAGGGUAUUUUUGAGUCAUUUGGACACUUGAUUCUGAGAUUUACCCUUCUGAGGUGGGUCUAAGAGGUCACCUUUGCUUUUGAUAGAGUUCAAGGUCUGCAGAUGAGAACCUAAGUGAACCGAGGUGUUCCACGCAGCACUGCUCCUAAGGGCUGGCACAUGCUGGGGGGUUCUUCUCAGCCUGGUCCAUGUGCCAGUGUGUAACUCCAUAAUGUUUCCAUGCUAGCUUUUGCCUAGAGCUGUCAUUGUCCCCUAAAACGUGGAUUGUUUGCAUUCAUUUUGGGCCUGUUCUUUUCAUUGCUGCUAUCCAAGCAGAGCUGAUGCCCCUUGGAGCUGGUACAGUUGUGCUCCUCCACACGCACCAAGCUCUGCGUGGAGCUGCUAGGGUAGGCUCUGCUGCCGCUCUUUUCAAGCACCUUCUCUUGCACACUCAACACUGAACUUCCUUCUGGUUGCAGAGGUGAACAGCCCAACACAGAGGUGUCUGCAGCAUUUAGGGGCAGGCAGGAGGAGCCUCUCGGCCAUGUCUGUGCUUUUAUUGCAGAAAACCAAGAUGAAUUUGUUGGUCAAAUUGUUGAGUCUUCUGUUCUGGUUGGUUUAACUUGUCCUUCGUUUCCAUGUUUUAAGUGCCUAAUGGUUUCUUGUCAAGAAGGCAAUGGUUUCACUGUUACUGUUCAAAGGUGUACUUAGACUUCUACACUUGUUACUUGUUCUGUAAUAGACUAUUUUCGCAGUUUCUGUUUGGAAAUAAAGACUUACUAGACAUAA